AGACUGAUUAGACGGUGCCAGAGCGCGCGACUCGCUCAGCCCCCCAGCUGGAUCCGGUGCACGCGCACAGCAUCCCGGGCACAACGCUGAGCUCGGUCCUCAUAACACGGGAGGCAGCUGAGAACAGCAGCCGGUCUGCGCAAAAGGUGAGUGGGAAGACAGAAAGUUAGCGGAGGGAGGAGGAGGAGCUCCACCUCACCUGGGGACCCGGGGGCCAGUCAGCAGGAGCUGUGGAGGAGCCAGCCUCACCGGUUCAUCCAGGCAGGAGAAGUCACAGGGCCAGUGGCUGAGCAUCCUGGAGGGCCUCCUUGUCCAGGACAGUGCUGCUGAAUUCUUCCUCCAGGAAGGGGAAGAGGAGCUGUGGCUGAUCUGCAGCCAUGCACCACUUAAGGACUACAGUUGCAAGGCUUUGGCCUUUAAUGGCUGCACAGAGCCUGUCACGGCCCAGGCUGCUGGCGCUCGAAGGGGGCGUAAGGACGUUUCAAUGCACGAGGCACCUGAAAGCAUCUGUGGCAGCUGAGCCCCUUCUCAAUGGCACCAGCUCGAACUACAUGGAGGAGAUGUACUACACAUGGCUGGAGAAUCCCAGGAAUGUGCACGAGUCCUGGGAUAAAUUUUUCCGUAACGCUUUGCCUGGUGCAGCCUACCUGGGGACUUCUCAGGGACUGGCCGGUGUCCAGGCAUUGGUGCGGGCUCAGCCCGAUGUGGAGAGGCUGGUGGAGGAUCAUCUAGCAGUGCAGUCACUGAUACGAGCAUACCAGGUACGAGGGCACCACAUAGCCAAGCUGGACCCGCUGGACAUCAGCUGUGUGGACUCUGGCAGUGCCCCGUGUACCGUUGGUUUCCAGAACGUCGAGUUCUCUCGGUAUAAAGAACGUGUGCGUGGCCUGGCUGCUGGAGGUCUCUCCGGGUUGGCAGAGUCAGACUUGGACAAGGUAUUUCGACUUCCCACCACCACCUUCAUUGGUGGCAGCGAGAGUGCUCUGUCGCUCAGGGAGAUCAUCCACCGGCUCGAGAUGGCCUACUGUCAGCACAUUGGAGUAGAGUUCAUGUUCAUCAACGACGUGGAGCAGUGCCAGUGGAUCAGACAGAAGUUUGAGACUCCAGGAGUUAUGCAGUUCAGCCUGGAGGAGAAGAGGACCCUGUUGGGCAGAGUGAUCCGAUCCACCAGGUUUGAGGAGUUUCUGCAGAAGAAGUGGUCAUCAGAGAAACGUUUUGGUCUGGAAGGCUGUGAAUCGCUCAUCCCGGCCCUCAAGACCAUCAUUGACAAGUCCAGUCAGAGCGGAGUGGAGAGCGUGAUCAUGGGGAUGCCUCACAGAGGCAGGCUGAACGUGUUGGCCAACGUGAUCCGCAAGGAGCUGGACCAGAUCUUCUGCCAGUUUGACUCUAAACUAGAGGCUGCAAACGAGGGCUCUGGUGAUGUCAGAUAUCACCUGGGAAUGUAUCACAAGAGGAUGAACCGGGUCAGUAACAGGUACAUCGCCAUGUCACUCAUGGCGAACCCGUCCCACCUGGAAGCAGUGGACCCGGUGGUGCAGGGGAAGACCAAGGCUGAGCAGUUCCACUGUGGAGACACUGAGGGCAAGAGGGUGAUGUCCAUUCUGCUUCACGGCGACGCCGCAUUUGCAGGUCAGGGUAUCGUGUACGAGACCUUCCACCUGUCUGAGCUGCCGUCCUACACCACACACGGCACCAUACACGUGGUAGUGAACAACCAGAUUGGCUUCACCACAGACGCCAGGAUGGCUCGGUCAUCUCCGUACCCUACGGAUGUAGCACGGGUCGUCAACGCUCCCAUCUUUCACGUCAACGCAGACGACCCAGAGGCCGUGAUGUACGUGUGUGACGUAGCAGCCGAGUGGAGAAGCACUUUCCAUAAAGAUGUGGUUGUAGACAUGGUGUGUUACAGACGUAACGGCCAUAAUGAGAUGGAUGAGCCCAUGUUCACCCAGCCACUGAUGUACAAGCGGGUCCAGAAACAGAAGAAGGUCCUGCAGAAGUUUGCUGAAAAACUGAUUGCCGAGGGAGUCGUCACAGCUCAGGAGUACGAGGAGGAGGUAGCGAGUUAUGACAAAAUCUGUGAGGAAGCUUACACUCGCUCCAAAGAUGAGAAGAUCCUUCACAUCAAACACUGGCUAGACUCGCCCUGGCCUGGUUUCUUCACUGUGGAGGGUCAGCCUAAAAGUAUGAGCUGCCCUCCCACUGGCAUCAGCGAAGAAGAGCUCUGCCACAUCGGAAACAUCGCCGCCUCUGUCCCAGUGGACGACUUCACCAUACACGGAGGUUUGAGCCGCAUCCUGAAGGGCCGAGCGAACAUGGUGAGCCAGCGGAUGUGCGACUGGGCUCUGGGGGAGUACAUGGCCUUUGGCUCUCUGCUCAAAGAGGGGAUCCAUGUGCGCCUCAGUGGACAGGAUGUGGAGAGGGGCACGUUCAGUCAUCGACACCAUGUUCUGCACGACCAGAAUGCUGAUAAGAGGACCUGCAUCCCAAUGAACUACAUCUCCCCUGAUCAAGCUCCCUACACCGUCUGCAACAGCUCUCUGUUUGAAUAUGGAGUUCUAGGUUUCGAGCUGGGCUUUGCCAUGGCCAGUCCCAACGCACUGGUUCUGUGGGAGGCCCAGUUCGGAGACUUUCACAACACAGCCCAGUGCAUCAUCGACCAGUUCAUCAGCUCUGGUCAGGCCAAAUGGGUCAGGCAGAACGGCAUCGUGCUGCUGCUUCCUCACGGCAUGGAGGGAAUGGGCCCAGAGCACUCGUCUGCUCGUCCCGAAAGGUUCCUCCAGAUGUGCAACGAUGACCCAGAUGUUCUCCCUAACCUGUCGGGGGACUUCGCAGUGCGUCAGCUGUACGACUGUAACUGGAUCAUUGUCAACUGCUCCACUCCUGCAAACUACUUCCACGUGCUGCGCAGACAGAUCCUGCUGCCCUUCAGGAAGCCUCUCGUUGUAUUUACUCCCAAGUCUCUGCUGCGCCACCCUGAGGCCAAGUCCAGCUUUGAUGACAUGUUGCCAGGAACUCACUUUGAGCGUGUGAUCACAGACAACGGGGCUGCAGCUCUCCACCCAGAAAACGUGAAGAGAGUCAUUUUCUGCACCGGGAAGAUCUUCUAUGAGCUGACCCGCGAACGCAAGAACAGAGGCAUGGAUGACACUGUGGCUGUUGUCCGCAUCGAACAGCUCUCGCCAUUCCCCUUCGAUCUGGUGCAGGCGGAGACCAAUCGCUACACAAGUGCUGAUCUGGUUUGGUGCCAGGAGGAGCACAAGAACCAGGGCUACUACUACUACGUCAAGCCCCGCAUCCAUACCAGCGUCAGCAACAGCCGGCCCAUCUGGUACGCUGGUCGUGAGCCUGCAGCAGCUCCAGCUACUGGGAACAAACAAACGCACCUCAUGGAGCUGCAGCGUUUACUGGACACCGCCUUCGAUCUGGAGGCAUUCGCAGGGAAACUCUAACAACCCGUCUGCAGCCUGUUCCUCUCUCCCACACCAUCGGCUGCCAAGCUCCAACGUCCCCACUCAGUCGUUACAUGUCCGGUUGACGGGUUUCAUUUUAAACGAAAUGCACAACCACUCAUUUUAACACAGUUACCAUGGAAACCCUGUGCUCACAUUGAUGAACACUGGCUAAAAACACUAAAAGAGUUUGUAAGACAGUUUUAACUUGUAAUUUAUUUGCUUUUAUUUUGUUAAAUAAAAACUAACCUGCUCUGC